AUGGCUCGAUCAUUUGCUAUAAGAAACCUUUAUACGAUGAAUUUCAAGCCACUUUCAUCAUGUAUCACAAUGAGUCUUGUAACACAAAUAACAUUAGCGAUUUUAUGCUUUUCCAUUCCAUUACAAGAUAAAUUAGGUACAUUCAUUAGCAUUCAACUCCCAGUUAUCUAUGUAAAUUACGUAAUUAUUGGCAUUCCUUUAUUCAACGCUAUAUGGGGCGAAGAGAACAAUGAAAUUACGUCAGUCAUUAUUAUGAGUAAUGACCUAAUCAUAGUUCCUAUUUAUCAAAUACUUUCUUCGAUUUGGAAGAUCCGAAAGAAUAACCAAAUCCGACGUGAAAACAAUGAGCCUGAAGAGAAAUUCUCAUAUAAGAUUAUAUUACGGUCAUUUUUUGCAAUUUUCAAAUCUCCAAUUAUUCAAGGAAUUAUAGUUGGAAUAGCAUGGUCGUUAACAAAAAUAAAGCUUCCUAUUUACUUAGAUAAACUCAUGCUCGUUCCGGCUCAAACAAUUAGCGCUUGCGCUUUAUUUUGCGUUGGAGGCUUUCUUGCUCAGCAUUCGUUAAUUGCGUGCAAGUGGUAUGAAUUUAUUAUUGCAAUUUCAUGGAGAUUUAUCAUUAUGCCGUUUUUUGGCUUAUUAUUUGGUUGGCUUAUGCAUCUUUCUAAUUCCCAGAUUAGACAAUGCUGCACAAUGGCAUCUGUGACAUCUGCUGUUGCAAGCUAUCCGAUGUCAAACGAAACAGGAGUUGGUCAAGGCAUCGCCUCGACAAUGAUCUUCUGGACAACAAUUUUAUGUGUACCAUUUAUUAUUGCUUGGCUGUACGUAUUAGAUUCGCUCAAACUAUUUAUUGAAAAUUAG